AUGAGUUAUUUCGACAUACCAGUUGAUCCUACUAUGAUUAUAUCAAAAACUCUAACCAAGAUUGAUGUUACUGGUAAUAUAACAUUACCGGCAAAACAAGUAAUGUCCGUCCUCACGAUGAUGAAUGAUGCUACACCUGAGAAGUUGCAAAACGGUAUUGAAGUGGAAGUUGUCGACAUUAUGGAAACCGAUAUAUACCACGUGACAACACCAGGUAUUAUUUCGGGGAUGGUUGGAGUACUAUAA